AUGGUGGUUGUCAUCCUUCAGGUGGCGGCUGUGAUGAUCGUUCAAAUUACAGUUGUAGAUGCCAAUUUGUUACCAAAUUCUCUACUUAAUAUGACGGUUCAAUCUCCUUAUUAUGGUCAAGGGACAGAGGGAACAAGUGCAUUAGGUCACUUUUACAUGCAUAUUGAUAAUAAAGGCGGUGGAUAUAGGUUUCUUAAAAGGCCUAUAUGGGUUAAUGGUUGUCAAUGUAGCAGUUGCGAAAAUAUAAGUUCGGAAUUCACAUCCCUAUGGCAGUUUGAUUUACCAACACCUCCAAUUGGAACUGGAUUUGAUAUUUGGAUUGCAAUAUAUUGGGACUGUUACAUAGGCGGCAUUGCUGUAUCUUGUAAAAGUGAAAAUGUACAUUAUCGAGGUGUUACCAGAUAG